UGCAGCGGGGUCCAGUCUUGCUGCUGGAGGAGCAAACCUGGCAACCUGGCAGCUUGCGCGGAGACCGAUUGGCAAUCUGGCAAUGCGGAAAUAGAUCUGGCACCCCCGAGCUCGGACUGAGAGAGGCGUGACAGAGCGAGCAGAGAGGAGAGGGGAUAGCAUUGACAAAGAUAAAAUAAUCAACUCUUUCUCUCCUCUUAGCCUUUCCCCCCGUUUUUAAAAAAGAUUAAAGUGCUCAGGUGCGCUCAUCUGCACCAGCUGGGCUUUUUCCAGCGUUUCUUUUUUUAAUUUAAGUCUGAGAAAGAAGAAAGAAAAAAGUGCGUUUUUAUCGUUUGGAUUCUGGACUUCUUUACUGAGUUUUUCCCCCUUUUUUUGCAUCAAGCAUGGAUGUGUUGGCGAAUUACAGUAUUUUCCAGGAACUCCAACUCGUUCAUGACACUGGUUAUUUCUCCGCGAUGCCUUCCCUGGAGGAGAACUGGCAGCAGACAUGUCUAGAGUUGGAGCGGUAUCUACAGACGGAGCCCAAGCGGCUCUCAGAGCUCUUUGAUGAGGAGCUGGAUUGUCUCUUAACACCAGCGUUCAUGCAGGGUGGUGACAGUGAUGAGGACUUGAUGGACCCUCUCCUCCCAAGCCUGCCUGACCAGCCCAGCCCUCCUCCGCUACUUGUAACCCUUCCCAAGGUCCAGGCUAAGAUCCUCCAGGUGCCCAACCCCAGCAAGUCCCAAGCAGAAGCAGGGACUGAAACCCUCACAACCAAGGAGCCAGUCCUCGGAGGAGUCAGCGCUGCGCAGCUUAGCGCUGCCGUUACAUCCCUAACACCACCAUCAUCACCAGAACUCGGCCGUCACCUCAUCAAACCCACACAAACACUCACUGCCACGGCAGACGGUACCUUAACUCUCAAAUUUGUGGCAAAGAAGGUAGGGUUAGGGGCCGCUAAGCUAGUGGCAGCACGAGCGCUACCGUCCCCACCAAGCCGAGGAGGGACCCUCAGUGAUGGUGAGCAGGGGGGAGGAGGAAGUCUGGCAGGAGAUGUACCAGAGAACAAGAAGAGAGUCCACCGGUGCCAGUUUAAUGGCUGCAGGAAGGUUUACACCAAGAGUUCCCAUCUGAAGGCACAUCAGAGGACCCACACAGGUGAGAAGCCCUAUAAGUGCUCAUGGGAGGGCUGCGAAUGGCGUUUUGCCCGCAGUGAUGAGUUGACACGACACUACCGCAAACACACCGGAGCGAAGCCAUUCAAGUGCAACCACUGCGACAGGUGUUUCUCUCGGUCAGACCACCUGGCCCUGCACAUGAAGAGGCACAUCUGAGGGCGAACAGAAGAGGAGUAGGAGAGGAGAAGAAGCAAGAGGAGGAAGAGGAGGAGGAGGAGAGAUAGGAGGAGAGAGGGAUGGGCAGUCGAGCUACCAACCGCCCGCCUCGUUUACCCCGUCCAAAAAGCAGUCGGCGGCCAUGACGCCUGCAGGGCAGCGCAUCCAUCUGAGUGGGCCUCGACAGGAGGGCCUAAGACGGGGAUUGGAGGAAAACGAGGAGUAGCUAGAUUGUUGUUUUUCUUUGAAAUUACACACUCACACACUUGCAAUAGUUAAAAAAAAUAUCCACACACCUGUCUUUGAAUGCAUCAUCCCGGUGACCCCCAGCUGCUCUCACGUAGCUCUGGGGGCUUGGACACUGCCAAACCAACAUAUACUUAACUCGCUUGCUGAAACAUUACGCCACCUCUUUUCUUUCUCUGUAUUCAGUGUGUUUAAACCAUAAAGUCACUUUGGGUGAGGAGAUGGUUCAGUGGGAGAACUUUAAAUAUCCGUAUAGUCAGUUGUUAGUGCUUUGCCGGCUUCUGAAAUCAAAUACUCAACUACUUUUCUUUGUUUUUUUUAAAUGUUUUUCAUAAACGGAACAUAAGAAACCAUCACCUGCCGCAGUCAGCUCCAGUAAUCUAUGUGAAGAAAACAACAAUGCCAAAAUCUGCAGGAGAGAGACUGUACAGAUCGACUUAUAGCAUGGCUGACAAUCGAACCCAGGGCUCAGACGCUGGGUGUUUUGGUGCACCCAUGGGACCUCGGUCAGCGGGUGCUGCUGCAGCUCUCAGGCUCUCCUUCAGUGGGUGUUUGCAUCUCUCACCUUCACCGAGACGCCUGCCGCCUCCACAGGCCAUCUGACAGAAAUGCGCAGCGACACUUUCUCUUUUUUUCUACUUAGAGGACAAUAAUUCUUCUUGUUGUUAUUACAAAGAAUGACACUUUGUUCUUUUCUCUCUUGGAGAAAAUGUCUUAAAACUCACUGAAUUGUGUUUGAGAAAAAAAAAACUGAAAAUCUAAGAUGACUUCAACAGAAUGUGUGGGAUGAGAAGGAGAGCGUUGUUGGUCUUUUAAUCCCCAUGUGCACUGACUCUGUUUCUGCGGUCAGUAAGCAACCAGAGGAUGAACAAAAAACAGAAUCGCACCAACUCUCAGAAAAACGGAUUUGGGAUUUUUUUUGUGGACAAAAAUAAAAGAAGAGAGCAGAGAGGUCUUCGGUUUUUUGUGCUGCUCUUUCUGGUCGGUGAUUCAGUCCAGCUGAAAAUCAGAAACCCAGGCAUGACCCUCCGUGGACUCUCACACCACCAGAGUCAGACGGAGGACUCGCGAAAAACUGGAAACCUGUUUGGUUUUUGUUGUUUGUUUGUUUUUUGUGUUUUGUUUUCGGCUUUUUGUUGAUUCUGAAAAUCAUCCUGGAGCUCUUUCACAGACUCUCACAGAUCUCGUCUCCCUGGCAGCACUGCACGGCGAGGAAAGAUGAUGAAGAGCUGCUUUUUGGUUUUACACGUGGGACUAAAGACGCCAACCAACCUCUGUGUGGUGGUGCCGAACAGACACGGUCACACCGGCCCGGUCAAAUUUGCCUGUUUUCGUAUCCAUUGACUGCACUGACUUUUUUUCAAUGUUAUCUGUGCUUUUUUUUCUACAGCGGAAAAAUAUGGAAAAAAAAGAAACACAAAGAAAAAAAAUCAUAAAAAGACUUGGAAAAAAUACACAACAAAAACAAUGCUGUCUCGCUCUACACAUUACGUACAGAACAAACAACAAACACACACACUUACACUGCAGUUUCUUUGCUCACGGCUCUUCUUGAGAUAAGACUAAUAAGAUUUAGGAAAAUAAUUAUUAAACUAAUGAACAGAGUUGGAAAACAAAACACUGCAUGGCAGGCUUUAUUGCAAACACACACACACACACACACACACACACACACACACACACACCAGCUCAUGAACACACACAUGCACACUCUUCCUGGAAUUAUAUGUUCUGCUCCCAAAUCUUUUUUCACAGUAGGAAUUUAGCAACUGUUGUUUAGUAGAAGAGUAUCUUAGCUCUCAGCUGGAGGUAACAAACGAGUCCAAAUCCUCUGAAGUGAGAAAUCAGCUUGUUCUCAAUUCCAACAAUCACCCACAUAUCCCUCGCUCCAGUUUGUGCCUCUCAUUUAAUCAGCGUUUUUUUUUUGUUUUGUUUUGUUUUUUUUUUUUACUUCUGAGACUCUGGUUACGUUGUUGGUUACAGCUGAGCGUAUGAGCCAGUGUUUUCAGCAAAAACAAAGAGAACGUGAAUAACCCUCAGAGACCCUUCUAUCCUGCCUCAUGUACAGUGAAUUUGAAAGUCAUGAAGUUGAAUCCAUCACCUCAGACAAAAAAAAAAAAUCUGAAUUAUUACAUCCACUCUCCAGUCAAUCAAUAGGAAGAUCUUGGAAAAAUUACUAAACUGGCUAACAGCGAUAUAACCUGGAAAUCAGUUUGUCAGCAAACUGUCACUGGGAUCGCAAACCUUUUUUUGUUGGCAUCUGCAACAUAGGCCACUCACAGGCCAAUACAACUGAAAAUGAUUUGCAUGAGCCUCAGUAAAGACCCAGGUUAAAGAUUUUAACUCACUGUACAUAAGUAAUAAGAUAUAAUAACAUAUGUUAGUUAUUGCAGGGUGGAGUCUUUUGGUCCCGUUACACCAGCAUUUAUGAUGGUGGUAUUUGCAUUUGAAUUCAGUUCAUUUUAACAGAAGUGUCAAAGAGGAGAAUUCACUCAUGAUAGCAGACGUUUGUGCAGAGCUUUAAUUUUAGCAAACUAAAAUAAACAAGUAAAUAAAUAUAUUUUGAUUCCUAAGGCCUGUGAGUGGUUAGCUUCCCGGCUAAUAAUGUAGCCAACAACCAACACAAACCCUCAGAGAAUUACGUCUUCAAAAACCAACAGGUUUUCAAAGUUAUACUUAACAUUUGGUGGAAAUAAUGGCUCAUUUCUGUGACUUGAAUGUAAUCAUUAAUAUUAAAAUCUCGAAUGUAAAAAAUAAUACAUGAGAGGUGGAAACUGGUGCGAGCGUAUUUUCACACCGCCUGCUUCCUCUGCUCGACGGUUGCAGAAAAAAAUAAAAUCACCUUGCAAUCAGGGCAUUACUGAUACCGCCAACAUCAACGCCAACACUGACACCGCUGGUCCAUCCGCCCACCACCACCUAUAUGCCCCGUAGCACAUGCAAACAGUCUAAUACGCGCUGCUGCUGACUGGUGCAGCUGGGUUAGGGGUGCAGGGUUCCUGAAGCUGGCAGGAGAUUUCAUAUCCCAUCAUGCCCAGUCAUCGUGCCAGUUGGCCUUGCCAGCCUUCAUUAGGUGAAACAGUGAAAACAUUCCCCUUCAGGGGGGGUUUAUGGUGCAGCUUCGAACAAUCGAUACCAAAAACCUCCAGCGUGGAACUGCCCUUCAGCCACGGGCAGAGUCUCCCCAGUCAGGAGAGAUCAGCGGGAGACCGCCUCCAUAUGAGGCCUCUGUAUCCAGCGGCAGCUUUCUCUACUAACUCUCUCUUUCUGCUAAAUAUGACGUAAAGCAGCCCACGUUUGAGACAAAUCCAGUGUUUCACUUUUGAUUUCAUUUCAUUGUUACUGGUUUUUGUUACAAAAGCUGUAUUGAUGGUUGUUUUCUUCAGCUUGGUAGAUGCAAAGUCAUGCCAAAAUGUUGAGACAUGCAAAGGGAUGUAGAGGGAGCCCUCCUAUAUAGGACGUACAAUCAUAGAGGGAUGGGGAUCGUAGCACUUUUGUGAGGCUUUUGAUGGCAUGAAUGUGUGUGUGUGUGUGUGUGUGUGUGUGUGUGUGUGUGUGUGUGUGUGUGUGUGUGUGUGUGUGUAUCUGUCCCAUUAGGCAUACUGUGAGGCAGGCAGUGAUUCAGCAAAGUGGUUGGUUUAACAGAUUUUUAACUGCUGAACAUGUGUGCAACCAUGUGGGAGAAAUGUUGGUUGAUACAUUUGGAAAAUGCUUUUAAUCAAAGCAAUGGCUUACAAUGUUUUUAUUAGGUUUUCGUUCUGACCCUUCAUUUGUUCACACAUUCAUACAAGUCAUGGGGCUCGAUGACUUAAGUCAAAGAGAUGCAAACUUGCACUUCAUAUUAAAGUCAGACUCUUCCCUAACAGAUUAAUUGAAAUCACAGUUUUCUUAAGGACACUAAUGGCUCAUUUUAUUUUGUUUCUUUUCCUCCUUCCUCAAAAUCUCAGAAUUUGUUCUGAUUAUUAAAAAACCGGUGAAAUAAUAAUGAUAAUACAAGUUUCCAGAUUGGAUCUUAAAGAGACCAUUUACAGCACAAAGACUGACCGUUUAAUCAUUUUAUACAUAAAUGAAGUCAGACGCAAAAUCAGCAGCUCAUUUGCAUUUUGUCCUCAAUUGUCACUUUGUAUUACAGGACGCAUUUUCUAAGCUGCUAAUCCCCAAAGAGGAUCUAAUUUACAGAAAGCUGAGGGGAUCAGAGCCUUCUUGCAGCUGGAAGCAAACUUUUACAUGAAUGGUGACUUAAAAUUGAAGUUGGAUUGAUCUGCUCCUUUUAAACAUGAACAAAUAUUUGGGUGAAAAUUGAUAAACAGUGAAUAAGAUGAGCCUUAAGUACACUCUAAAGGAAACGCAUCAUUUUGAGCACAUUUCUGUUGUUUUUUUGUGAUAACAUUCUCAACAGUUGUGCCCCAACCAAUGUAAUCAUAGGAUACCGUUUCCCACUUUAGAGCAGAAAUUUUAAAAUGCUCAGUUAAAACCAUUGUGCUGGCAGCAAAGACACCUCAUAGUUUCUAUUCUCUUUAAUUAAAAUUCCUUCUGACAUGUGGCAGAUCUCAAAGUCACUUCUGAUACGAAUUCACAUUUAGUUCCCUUCAUGUCUCUCAGCCAGUUGAAGCAGGUUUUCUGUCACAGUGUCGCUCCGGGUCUCCCGUCAUCUCUCAGGCUCCUCCAGGCCAGCUAGCUGCCGUCCCACAGCUCUGAUUAGCAUUAGCACUCCCGGGUCCUCUUCUCUACUUGCAGUUCAGCUAAUGAGAUAGCUCUGGGUCAUGGGGAAACUGAGUGGUCUGGGAAAGAAAAAACAAAAGGGACCUUGAGCCGGACUAGCUCCAGCGGUCCGUACCCAUUAGCACAGAGAAAUGCCAGGAGACAGUGAGAUGUUUGUCAAACAGACUAACCUCUGAUGAAAGAAAAUUUUAAACAUCAUUUACCCAUAUAAACAUCCAAACCCUUAAAUCGGCCCCUGUAUUUUCUCUCAUGUAUUACAGAUAAAAUAAAUUACCAUUUAUCUGCAAAGUCCCAUCAGAUAUUUAUUCCACUCUAUGUCCCCCAACCCUCCCUCUUCCUUCCCAGUUUAAGUGCCAUUCUUGUUUCCCUCCAUCCCUCCAUCCUCACCCCAUCUCUCCCUCUCUGUCCACAGCAGUUGUCCAUGCACUAUCGGCUGCAGGAAUGCUGAAUGCACACUUUACACAUUUUGCCCAAAGAUUUGCAUAUUUGCAAGUUAACUGCUGUGAAUGUAGUAGAUGUAGAGGAACGAGCCGAGAGGCAGAGAUGCAGAAAAUUAGUGAUGGAUGGAAGGUGGAAGGAGAGGGAUUGUUUUCCUUACAUGCUUGUCCCAUUAAAUCUUAAUUACCGGUACGCUCCGACUCUUCAUGCUUCGUAUCAUUCUUAGUCUCUUGUCCACUGUCAGCUGGAGCCGAACUCAUUGUUCACAAAUGUAAAAUAAUGUUCUCAUGGUCUUAUAGGGUGCCCGGUAUAGUGGCGCUAGCAGCUUAAGCAGGAGUGAAGUAGCUUUAGUUUAAGUUAGCUUCUUAGCACACUGCAAAUAGCACCGUCAAGUCUCAUAUAUCAGAGUGGAAGGUGGACUGGACUGAACCAAUGUUCAACAUCACCAACUUAAAGCAAGUUUCCCAUUGCCAUACAUGAAAGGGUCAGAGUUUAGAGCACAUCAAGAGGAAACUGUACCCUUUGGGACUAACUAAAGGUGUUUUCACACUGGCAGGAUUGUCCAGAUGUGGGAACGGUUCCCCUGAAAACUUGGUAGUAUGAGCAAUUUUUCCAAACUUUCCAAAAGGUGCAUAAGAAGAAACCGUGCACAAGUAUAUCUGAAAUCAAUUCAUACCCCACAACACAAAACUUGUGUGCAUGUCAUGAUAACAUUAUUACUGCCAUUCUUGCAACGUUAGCAAGAAAUCAGAUGUAUGAGCAUUAACAUGCAACAGCAUCAACUUGAUGGCACAGGACAAAUAAGCGUUACAGAAAAAUGCCAGCAGUUGAGGGCUUUUUUCACUAACAUGAGAUAAUUCACAUUAAUUUGAAGUUUCACUCAUCAAAACGUGCCAUACUAGCAACUCAUUCAUUAACACUGUAGAAAAUGUAUCUGCAGUUUGCAGUUGACUAUGAUUUGUGAAAUGAUUUGUGUGAAAUGGACCCCAUGACCAGUAAACCAGUGUGAAAACUGACCAGCACUGCUUUGGAUUGAAACCAACAGACCCAGUGUGAAAACAGCCUUUAGACCUCCCUGUUAUUUGGACAUAGUCCUUUGAGGAACCACACUUCAGUUUCCAGAGUUUUCCACCCUAUCACCCUGAAGAAGGAUUGUUACUUCUGGCAGCUUUUGUAAAUAGCGUGAGAUCUUGCAUACAGACCGCUCUGUGUGAAAUUAACCGUAUGUGGCGACAGCACUGUCUCAGACAUUUCAGCAUUUCUAUAGAUCUGCUUUAGUUCUCGCAAACAUUGCACUACAUGAUCAUACUUAGCUAUUGCACUCUCCAUGUGCGCGCACUGCUAGCAUAGUCUGUUGGAGCACUCUGUCAAAUAUCCACUUAACAUUUGUUACACGUCCAGGAUGCACUUUGCCACCAAGAACCAUUUACUAUAGGUCCACUUGCCAUCAGACCGACAUAUCUACUUAACCUUCCAGUGAAAUGCCUUGUUUCAUCACUCAUUAUUCUGGGGGAAUAUAUUGUACUUUACACUCAGUCACGUUGUGACUUGGUUGAACUUUCUUGGUAUCAGUGGCAUCCCGGAGUGUCUGUCUGUAACUACUGUGUUUGUCCAUGCUUGAUGUGUCAGUAUAUAAGAGAUUCACAGGUCUUUACCCCUCUCCUUGUGUCUGUAUGUUUCACCUCACCCACACCGUACCCUCUCCACCGAAACCACAACCAUCAGAGCCCUCUGGGGCCCAACAUGCUGAUAGUCUUUAGAUACAGUAUUCUCAAGAGCUAUGCAGCUUGGGCGCUCCAAGCAGUUCUUUGGUGAGACUGCAAUAACUUUUCCACCUUGCCGGCCAAACGUCUUCAGUUUGCUUAACUUCAGUCAACCCAUCCUUGUCGGUGCUUUUCCAUCUCUGGCCAGUUUAUCUACUCAGUUCUGAUGCCUGAUGCUUUCUUGUUUAGUUCUUUUAGUUAAAGAACAACCUUUAAUCUCUUUAUAUGAAAAGAGGAUUGGUACCAAAAAUGUCUGAUUGUCUGUGGUACAAAACUCAUGUCUCUGUCAUACAGCAUCAUAUCAAUCCCUAAUAAUCUCUUGAUCUCCAGUAAUAGGUUUACAAAGUUAAACCUAUUACUGGUGGGAUCUGGCAUUAUUUGAUAUAGUGAUUAAACUGUCCUGGUUCCUGUGCAACAAAACAAGCUAUACUAAAUAGAUGUGUUGUAAAGUAAUCAUCUGCCCACCACGCUACACAAUUAUUUUUCUCACAUCACUAAUCUUGGUUCUGGGAUCUUCUCCACACUGUAAACAUUUGCAGUCAGUUUACUGAGAGCUACAAUUUAAUGUCCACCUACACCUACAGACAGAUAGAAAGAUUAAUUUUUGUUUUAUGGAGACUCAUUUAUGGAAACAGUUACCUCUCAGCAGGUCAAAAAGUUCUUUUAUACCGUGAGGUUUUUUUUUCCUUACAAUGUGGGUCUUAUUUUGAUCCUUCUGUCUAUCAUUCUUAUUGAUUAAGACAACAUGUUGCUGCUCACUGACUGCUUUUCAGAGAUCAAGACAACUUUAAAUCUUAAAUCUUUAAAGUGCCAAACAAAAGUUUUUGUACAUUUUGGUUAAAAUUGAGGUUUUCGAUAUAAGUUUAGCUUAGCUCUUAGAGGUGGGGUUUGGGGAUGGUGAUGCAGAACAUAUUACCGUAAUCAACAGGAAUGAUAAAUAAGACAAAAUAACGACCCAGAUUGGACAGAAAAAGACAUUUUAAGCAUCAGGAUCCACACUUACUGUGACAGAAACCUGGUGGAGACACGGAAAGGCUUUUGGUGCCAAUCCUCAUUCUUCAUAUUAAGUGAAGUUACUGAUCCAGUGUCGUCAUGUAGUGGAAGCUGGUAAUUUAGCACCAUUAUAUCUACUGUGUGUCCAUAGUCAACUGAAACCACACAGCUGUAUGUUUUCUGGGAUGAAUGGACAUGUAGAAAACAUGGUCCUGACAGGUCAUGGUCAUGGUCUCACUUGUGUCCUACAAAGGCUCUGUAACCCUGAUACCUUUUCAUAUCAACCUUCAGUCCAUAAACCAUCACUCUCACCCGCCUUCCUCUCCUCUGUCACUGUCACAUCUGUUGAGUUUUUUUUUUUUUUUUCUUAUUUUAAGUUCUCUUACAAUUUUUUGCUGUACAAAGUGUUUAAAAUAUUAUUUGUAUUAUAUGAUGUUAGUAUGGUAAUGUUCUUUAUUAAGGAAGAAGAAAAUUUAUUUUUGUUACUGGUCUGUUUCAUAAUUCUUUUCUAAAUUGGUAUUGUAAGAUAUCUAUGCAAGAACUGUUAAGUGGAGCAUUUUUAUUUAAGAAUGUAAUAUGUGUAAUAAAUGGUAGAAUCUG